AUGGAGGACUGCAACGUGCACUCGGCUGCCAGCAUCCUGGCCUCAGUGAAAGAGCAGGAGGCCCGCUUUGAGCGACUGACGCGAGCCCUGGAGCAGGAGCGGCGCCAUGUUGCCCUGCAGCUGGAGCGUGCCCAGCAGCCUGGCAUGGGCAGUGGUGGUGUGGGCAGUGGGCAGCCCCUGCCAAUGGCCUGGCAACAGCUGGUCCUGCAGGAGCAGAGCCCGGGCAGCCAGGCCUCACUGGCCACAAUGCCAGAGGCACCCGAGGUGCUGGAGGAGACAGUGACAGUAGAGGAGGACCCUGGCACGCCCACCUCCCACGUGUCCAUUGUCACGUCAGAAGACGGCACUACCCGGCGCACUGAGACCAAGGUCACCAAGACGGUCAAGACGGUGACCACGAGGACAGUGCGGCAGGUGCCCGUAGGCCCAGAUGGCCUCCCCCUGCUGGACGGCGGCCCUCCACUAGGCCCCUUCACAGACGGCCCUCUGGACCGGCACUUCCUGUUGCGCGGGGGUGGUCCGGCAGCAACACUUUCCCGAGCCUACCUCAGCAGCGGGGGCAGCUUUACCGACGGCCCCGAGCCCCGUGAUGUCCCCAGCUACGGCAGUCUCUCCCGUGGGCUGGGUGUGCGGCCCGCACGUGGCCCCCUUGGCCCAGGCCCCGUCGAUGGCAGCUUCACACUGCCUGGCCGACGUGAGGCCUUCCCUGCAGGCCCUGAGCCUGUGCCACCAGCUGGUCGCUCCCAGCCCGAGCGCUUCCAGGCAGAGCCAUACGGCUUGGAGGAUGACACCCGCAGCCUGGCUGCUGAUGACGAAGGUGGCCCGGAGCUGGAGCCUGACUAUGGCACUGCCACAAGGAGGAGGCCUGAGUGCGGACGUGGCCUUCGUACCAGGGCCUACGAGGAUGUGGCAGAUGAUGGUGGUGAGCUGAUGGAGGAGCGGCCCCCGUUUCCGGCUGCGACGGCACCCCUGGCCCAGCCAGAACGGGGCAGCCUAGGCAGCCUGGACCGAGUGGUACGGCGAUCACCCUCAGUUGACAGCGCCCGUAAGGAGCCGCGUUGGCGGGACCCCGAGCUGCCAGAGGUUCUGGCCAUGCUGCGACACCCCGUGGACCCUGUGAAAGCCAAUGCAGCCGCCUACCUGCAACACCUGUGCUUUGAGAACGAGGGUGUCAAGCGCCGUGUACGGCAGCUGCGGGGCCUGCCUCUGCUCGUGGCUCUGCUGGACCACCCGAGGGCGGAGGUACGGCGGCGGGCCUGCGGGGCUCUGCGAAACCUCUCCUACGGCCGAGACGCGGACAACAAGGCCGCCAUCCGGGACUGUGGCGGUGUGCCUGCCCUGGUGCGCCUGCUGCGGGCUGCCCGGGACAAUGAGGUCCGAGAGCUUGUCACAGGCACACUCUGGAACCUGUCAUCCUACGAGCCCCUGAAGAUGGUCAUCAUUGACCACGGCCUGCAGACGCUGACCCACGAAGUCAUUGUGCCCCACUCGGGCUGGGAGCGCGAGCCCAACGAGGAUUCCAAGCCAAGGGAUGCUGAGUGGACAACAGUCUUCAAGAACACAUCGGGCUGCUUGAGGAACGUGAGUUCGGAUGGUGCAGAGGCCCGGCGGCGGCUCCGGGAAUGUGAAGGGCUGGUAGACGCCCUGCUGCACGCUCUGCAGUCAGCUGUGGGCAGGAAGGACACGGACAACAAGUCGGUGGAGAACUGUGUGUGUAUCAUGCGGAACCUGUCCUACCACGUGCACAAGGAGGUGCCUGGGGCCGACAGGUACCAGGAGGCUGAGCCGGGGCCCCCGGGCGCUGCUGCGGGCUCCCAGCGCCGGAGGAGGGAUGACGCUGGCUGCUUUGGUGGCAAGAAGGCCAAAGAGGAGUGGUUCCAUCAAGGGAAGAAGGAUGGCGAGAUGGACCGGAACUUUGACACACUGGACCUGCCCAAGCGAACUGAGGCUGCCAAAGGCUUUGAGCUGCUGUAUCAGCCCGAGGUGGUACGUCUCUACCUCUCCCUCCUCACCGAGAGCCGGAACUUUAACACCCUGGAGGCUGCUGCUGGUGCCCUACAGAACCUCAGCGCCGGCAACUGGAUGUGGGCCACCUACAUCCGUGCCACGGUGCGCAAGGAGCGUGGCCUUCCGGUGCUCGUGGAGCUGCUGCAGUCCGAGACUGACAAGGUGGUGCGUGCUGUCGCCAUCGCCCUGCGCAACCUCUCCCUGGACCGGCGCAACAAGGACCUCAUUGGGAGCUAUGCCAUGGCCGAGCUGGUGCGGAACGUGCGCAAUGCGCAGGCUCCGGCGCGACCGGGUGCCCGCCUGGAGGAGGACACCGUGGUGGCCGUGCUCAACACCAUCCACGAGAUCGUGUCCAACAGCCUGGACAAUGCGCGCUCACUACUCCAGGCCCGAGGCGUUCCAGCGCUGGUGGCCCUUGGCGCUGCCAGCCAAUCGGUACGUGAAGCGAAGGCCGCCUCCCACGUGCUGCAGACUGUGUGGAGCUACAAGGAGCUGCGUGGCGCCCUACAGAAGGACGGCUGGACCAAGGCACGCUUCCAGUCAGCCGCUGCUACCGCUAAGGGACCCAAAGGAGCACCGAGUCCCGGAGGCUUUGACGACAGCACGCUGCCACUGGUGGACAAAAGCCUUGAUGGUGAGAAACCAGGCAGCCGGGACGUGAUCCCCAUGGAGGCACUUGGCCCAGACGGAUACUCCACUGUGGACCGGAGGGAGAGGAGGGCUCGAGGUAGUGACCCUGCAGGGGAGGCCUCUGAGAAGGAACCGUUGAAACCCGACCCCGGCAGGAAGGUUCCUCCUGGGCCCAGCAGGCCUGCAGUCAGGCUGGUGGACGCCGUGGGGGACGCUAAGCCUCAGCCUGUUGACUCCUGGGUCUAG